GGCAACGUGUUGCUGCGUACUUCAGUGAUGACCAGAUGUACCACGAGAGGGUCCUGCUAUGGAAGAGUAGUGCCAUGAAGUGGGUUAUCUUGACACCAGACGAUGAUGUGUACCUAGAGGACUUCUCAGGCGGUUGCGAUUACUUCAAAGUGAAAGGGGAACAUUUCACGUACUGGAGCAGGGUAGGCGGCGCUGCCUACAGAUUUAGUCAUGACCUUUCGGAUGACAUCCUCAAGGAGAAGAUUGGUGAAGCACUCGACGUCCUAGGAGAUGAGGUUCAUGCGGCAGGAGCCUGGAGGCCAAGCGGCAUCCAGUUGAAUGAUGGAAGCGUGGCCCCCACGAUGACCUUCUUGGGGCGCCUCUUGGUCCCGCGACGGCUGACCGGAAAGGGUCCCGGUGCUCGAGCUGGAGGUGAUGAUGUGGUGGCGCCAGUCCUCCCAUCAGCUGCGAAAGCAAUUCAGCCGGCUGCCGAGGGCUACGUGUGGGUCGCUGCGGAACCGAUCGGUGGCUUGCAGCUCGGCCAAGAGGUGAGCAUCACUCCAUCCACAGAUGUGCAAAUUGGUGAUCGGAUUGCCAUGCUUAAGAGAGGGGAUGAUUGGGUCAAAGCCGAAUUGGUAAGAUUGGAGGAUUGUUCCGACUUCGCUGAGCGGAGACGGAGCUUGUUUGGCCAUGCCAAUAGGGCGGAUCCUGCAUCAUCAGCACCAGCGGCGAAGCUAGUCGAUCUUUUGGCUGAGGAGCCGGCAAAGGACAAGGCCGGGGAAAACAGCCAGGAGGAGAUCCGCACUCUAUGGGUGGACUUCGACGAGCAUGGAGAGAGGUUCAAGCGUUGGCGCGAUGUGUGUAAAGAGUCGUAUGCCCCAGUGAUGGAUGACAAACCGAUUGAUGGGCCGCUGACCGCCCUCCACUUCAUCAAGCACGCGGAGAGGCAUGGUGGGGAUGUGCGACAGUGGCUUCAUCUCUGGCGCCGUAGUAAGCACAUAGAGACGACCGACCGUGUGUACCACGAGUUGAAGGUCCUCACCGACUCCAUCCACUACGCUGGUUGCCACGAUCAGCUGAACAUCCCGGCGCUGAUCUCCAUGGAACUUCUGUGUCGGCGGGUGCAGUCCAUAGUGGAGGCGUACACGAACCCAGCCAGGCCUACAUGGGAGCAUGCGAAGGUUUUCCAAGGACAAGGCUCGCCCGAGGACAUCGUCAGCCCAGUCUUCAGAACAUACGCGGUUAAGAAGAACAAGGAGGAAUUGGAGCUGCUCCAGGCGCGGCAGAAGGUCCGUGAACUUCGUGGAGCUCCGCUUGCAUCUACCGAUGAUGGUGGAGGAGAUCCGGUGGAAGGAGGCACUUGGGGGGAGCAGACCAACCGGGAGCAUCUGCCAGGGCCAGCACCAAGGCGGGCACGAAUUCGGAAGGUGGCAUCUAACUGUAAUGAAGUUGUGGAUGCCCUUAAUUGGAUGGCUAUGAUGCGUGUGGAAGGUCUGGUCCGAGACCAGAAGCCCAGUGGCGUCGUGGCAAAACCGGAGGAAGCACUUCGUUCGCUUCUCCGUGGAGGCACUCCGUAUGACUGGAAGCCUUCAAACGAGACUCUUGCCUCUUACCAAGCCGACCUCGUCUCCAUUCCUGAUGAUGUUAGCGGGUGCCCUCUACUUUUUGAUGUGCUUCCGCAUGACGACUGUCGGUACCUGGAGGAGCAAUCAGAGCUGAUGCUUGCUGAAUUUGCUGGUGCAGAAGAGGGCAUAGAACCUUACUGGGAUCCCGCCUUGAGGUACAAUAAGAAGAUGUACAACAAUCUGGUCCAGCGCCUUCAUAAGAUCGGGUAUUUCCAAUACACCACACAGCCGAGGUGCAAAGUAGGAAUCUUCUUUGUGUGGAAGUCAUCGCGCGCCCGCCUCAGGAUGAUCACCGAUGCUCGGUUGGCCAAUCUUUGCUUCAAGGCGGCUCCGGGGGUUUCGUUGAUGACCGCUGAGUCCUUUGGUCGCUUCGAGGUUGAGUUUGAUGAAGAAAUCUUCGCGAGUCCCGAGAUGAUCUCAAAGCUGACCGCUUUCAUCGGGUUGAAUGAUGUUAAGGACUGCUUUCAUAGAUUGCGUGUUCCUCUAUGGCUGGCUCGGUACUUUGCUUGGGAGGCUGUCCCGGCCAAGACGGUGGGAUUGGAGAACACGUAUGUGGAUGGGAAGUUCGUGGGGCCCCUGGAUGCAAUCUUUCCUUGCGCUGGUUCGUUGUGUCAAGGAUUCUCGUGGAGUUUGUAUUUUGCACAGAAGGCAAAUGAGUACCUCUCGAGAUCGACCUUGUUGCUCGCUCAGGCCCGGCUACUACACGAUCGCAGCGAGCCUCUGGUUUUACAUGUGGGACAGGCCCGAGAUGAUGCAGAUCACUUUUAUGUGUAUGUAGAUAACCUGGGAGUGAUCGGUACGGACCAUGACCGCAUUGUGGAGGCAAUGGAUGCUUUACGAUUGAAGUUCGAUGGCCUGGGGCUCGAGUUACACGGAAGUGAAGUCAGUAGCGGUUGUGUUGAGGCGUUGGGAUGCAUCAUUGAGGGCAACAAAUUGCGCUGUCGAAUCACUGUUGAGCGGCUCUGGAAAGUCCAUCAGGCCGUGGAAGGAUUGCUGAGACGACGGCGAUGUGCGGGCAUGCUUUGGCCAUCCAUCAUGGAAGAGCUCAGGGCCUUCAAGGGCAUUUUGUUCAUGUUGGUCCAGGAUUGGUGGAGGUGGACGUCACCACAUGGCGAGGCAUGCGAAGCUGCUCUGGUGGAGGCGGGAUGGGAGACUGACUUGAAUUUCAGGGAAGUACCAUCCGCUGGAUUGGCACGCAGAUUGUGGCAGCCAACCAUGCGUGGCAGAUGGGAGUUCAAGGAGGAUAUCCUGGUACUCGAGGCUCGUGCAGUCAUGAAAGGCAUUCGUAGAGCAUUGAUGACUCGGUAUGGCCAUGAUGUUCGACAACUUGCUCUUUGUGACAACCUUGCCGCUGUGCUCACUUUUGAACGCUGCCGUUCCAGAAACUACAAGGUGUUGAGGAUUCUUCGGCAGUUUGGGGCCUAUUGUUUUGCAAGAAAUGUGCGGGUGGCCGUUAGGUGGAUUCCUUCGGAGCUCAAUAUCGCUGACGAAGGGUCACGUCUUGCUGAGGGUGCUAAGGAGUCAAAGCUAUUAGUAGAUCUUCUCGGCGACUCAUGGGCAGAGGAGUUCGUUGCUGGGGCUUAUGAGCCAAGGGCCUUCACGACAAGGUUCGCAGAAUGCGGGAAGCAUGGGGCCCAGACGGACACGUACGCUGGAGAGGCCGAAAGGGACGCUAGUUGCCCGGACGACGACAAGAGUGGGGCCCCCAAGAGUGGGGGAAAGACCCGUCGGCUUCUGGGAGAUGGGCUCGUGGCGCGGUUGACGGAGAAACCCGUGGAGGCGACGAUACUUCCGGAAACCGAGACCCAGCUCCUCAGGAUGCCAUCUACAAAGUUGAAGGCGCCGGAGGGGUACGACGACAGCGAGAGCACUUCGUCCGAGUUCAAGGCCGACAGAAAAGGAGAGAAAGGUCGUUCCUUGAGAAGCAGGCCCAAGCGAGGUUUGCAACAGCUCGUCGACUCUCGGAUGGGGGACGGAACGGGGAGUCACAGCUUGCUGGAGGACGCGGCUGUGUCAACCAAGGUGCGGCAAGCCUACACCACGCGUCUCCGUCAACUUCAAAGCUUUGUGAAGGAGAACAAGCUGGACUUCGAGACGGACGAGCAGGUGAACCAGGUCCUGGUGAGCUACUUCAACGAGAAGUUCAAGGAAGGCGAGGGAAGCUCAUGUGGAGACUACACGAUGGCCGCGCUGAUGGACAAGCUUCCUCAGUUCGGGCGGCUAGGGGGACGGAAAGUGCCUCGGGCGUGGAGAUGUCUCCAAGGCUGGAGAAAGCUGUGCCCAUCUCGCUCGAGGCUUGCCUAUCCCCUUGCAGUGUGGUGCGGCAUCAGCUGGAGGAUGGUGGCCCGUGGUCACGUUUCAAAGGCCUUGUUCAACCUCCUCCAGGUCUCGACUUACCACCGACCUGGCGCUCUACUGAAGUUGCGGAAGCUGGGACUUGUGAGACCGACAAGAGGCGUGACGAGCUUCUGGUCAGUGGUCACCAGUUUGGCAGAAACUUCGGACAUCUCCAAGACGGGCUCGAAAGACGACUCGGUGCUCAUCGACAGUCAGUGGUUGGUCUUUGCCAAUCCACUGUUCGAGGAGUUGGCUCGGGGGGACAAGAUGGACUUCGUGCUCAAAUUCGACUAUCCGAGCUACUUGAAGGUGUUCCGGGAAGCGUGUCGGGAUCUCCAGCUGGAGAUCGUGCCCUACCAGGCAAGGCAUUCCGGCCCGUCGAUCGACAGGGCAAAGAACGUGAGGACCCAGGAGGAGGUUCGCAAAAGAGGAAAUUGGAUGAGCAGGCAAAGCGUGUCUCGCUACGAGAAAGCGGGAAGAUUGGCGGCCACUUGGCAGAAGCUGGAUGUGGAAGUGCAGCUGGCAUGCAGGUCGGCCGAGCGAUACAUCGAGGCGAUUAUGCUCGGCCAAAGCUAUCCGGUGAUCCCUCUCCCUGGCCGGUGA